AUGCCAGCGCCACCAGCCGUGACGAGUGCGGGUCCGCCCGGGGCUGAAGAGAUGAACGGAGCGGUUGUGCCGAAGACUGAGUUGGAAGAGCUGCAGAUGAAGGCCAACGCGGCGACCGACGACUCGCUGGAGUCGACCCGACGUAUGCUCGCCCUCUGCGACGAGUCUAAGGAGGCGGGCAUUCGGACACUCGUGGCGCUCGACGAACAGGGAGAACAACUCGACCGCAUCGACGAAGACAUGGAUAAGAUCAACACCGAUAUGAAAGAGGCCGAGAAGAACCUGACGGGAAUGGAGAAGUGCUGCGGGAUCUGUGUUUGUCCGUGCGGUAAGUCCAAGGACUUCAAGGAGGACGCGGGCACCUGGAAGUCCUCAGAAGACGGCAAGAUUGUGUCCGGUCAGCCCCAGCGGGUGGUCGACGAGCGCAAUGGCGGCGGCAUUGUGUCGACCCAAUACAUCGGCCGCAUUACGAAGGAUGCGCGCGAAGACGAGAUGGAGGACAAUAUGGGUCAGGUGUCGACUAUGAUCGGGAACCUGAGGAAUAUGGCCAUCGAUAUGGGACAGGAGAUCGGGUCGCAGAACCAACAGUUGGAUCGAAUCAACCAAAAAGCCGAGUCUAAUAAGAACCGAAUACAAGGCGCUAACGAAAGGGCACAAAAACUUCUUAAGUAA